AUGUUAGUGGAUCCAAGUGUUGACCUCAGAAGUCUUGAUAAAGAACGUCACCUGAAACCAAUAGAGAGAGAACAGAUUGACAAAAUCAAAGGUGAUCUUGAUAAUUAUCAUGACAUCAUUAUUGAUCACGGAUAUACUGGCCCAAUCAAGAAGGAUAUGAUGGAUGACAUCAUUGGCUCUAUAGUUCUUAGCAUUGUCAGCAGAAAAUUACUCUCCUUGGGUGAGUAUGGCCUAAAAGACCUCCUUCCAGACCAUCCUGAGUCAUGCAGACCUCUUUUUAUAAUGGGGCACGUUGACGCUGUUGAUGCCAGCUUCUUGGAUGGGCUUUUGGAGCCAGAAUUUUCUGACAUGGGAACCCCAGAGAGAACUGUGGANCCAAUAGAGAGAGAACAGAUUGACAAAAUCAAAGGUGAUCUUGAUAAUUAUCAUGACAUCAUUAUUGAUCACGGAUAUACUGGCCCAAUCAAGAAGGAUAUGAUGGAUGACAUCAUUGGCUCUAUAGUUCUUAGCAUUGUCAGCAGAAAAUUACUCUCCUUGGGUGAGUAUGGCCUAAAAGACCUCCUUCCAGACCAUCCUGAGUCAUGCAGACCUCUUUUUAUAAUGGGGCACGUUGACGCUGUUGAUGCCAGCUUCUUGGAUGGGCUUUUGGAGCCAGAAUUUUCUGACAUGGGAACCCCAGAGAGAACUGUGGAGGAUCAGGUUAUAGAUAACUUUGAGAACUUUCUUCACAAGCAUGAGGAUGAACAGAUUUUUGUAUUCUGA